UUUAUUUUGUUUUUCGUUAAUCAGUAAGAAGGAAAAUGAUAAUUGUUUGCCUCACAAUUAUGUUAUUCUUAUCGCAAAAUCAACCUAUCAAUGGCCCCGUUAUGUAGUCUAACCAAAUGUAAAAACUUUCCCGUUUUAGUUUUAUUAUAUUUAAAUGUUUAUGUGUAACUUUCCUUUUCCCUAAAAAUUCCACGAUUCUCUUAAUAUUGUUAUUGAAAACAAUGCUACCGUUCAAGAAACUAAUGCAUCUACGAUGCAACUUCUUGUCACUUUCUGCCAGAAUGAGUUUUAAGGUCUUGCACUGUGAAAUGCCCCAUGAACAUUUAGAAGGCAUGGAAGAAAAAUCCAAAAAGGCCAUAGUUAUCUUAAAAAUGCUUUCAGAUGUUGCAGCAUCUGGCGGAGGUAGUAAAGCCAUCCAUCGCCACACUGUUUUAAAUAAGAAACUACUAGUUCGUGAUAGAUUGAAGUUGUUGUUUGACCCCGAUUCAAUGUUUUUAGAAGUUGGACUGUUGGCUGGGAUGUUCAUGGAUUAUGGAAAUAUUGCAGCUGCUGGCUCUGUUGCAGGCAUCGGAAAAAUUCAUGGUCGCUAUUGCAUUGUCGGGGCAAAUGAUGCUACUGUCAAAGGAGGAACGUUCUUCCCAAUUUCUAUUGAAAAACAAAUCAGAGUUCAAGAGCUGUCUCACCUAAACCAUUUACCAUCAAUUUAUUUGGUUGAUAGCGGUGGUGCAUAUUUACCUUUACAGGCAGAUAUAUUUCCAGAUAAAAAUCAUGGAGGAAGGACUUUCUACAAUGAAGCUGUACUUUCUUCUAUUGGCAUUCCGCAAAUUGCUUUAGUUUGUGGCAGCUCUACAGCUGGUGGUGCUUAUUGCCCUACAAUGGCUGAAGAAGCUAUCAUCGUUAAAAAAUCUGGUGUGAUUUUUCUUGGAGGCCCACCCCUUGUAAAAGCUGCUACUGGGGAAAUAGUAACAGAACAAGACUUAGGUGGGGCUGAUUUGCAUUGUAGUAUUAGUGGUUGUACCGACUACUAUGCAGAAAAUGAAGAAGAAGCAUUCAACUUAUGUCGGGAAUCAAUUUUAACUCUCAAUGUGUGUGAGCCUUCUCCAAAAACUUCUUAUAAGGAACCUCUAUAUCCAGCUGAUGAAUUAACUGUAAUUUCUGGAAAACAUAAACUUUCCAAAGAGGAUAUGUAUAUGAUAUUAGCAAGAGUUCUAGAUGGAAGUAUGUUUAAAGAAUUCAAAGGAAAAUUUGGAGCUAAUUUAAUUACAGGAUUUGGAUAUCUGCGCAGUAUGCUUGUGGGCAUCAUUGCUAAUUGUGGCUCCCUGACUUUUCAAGAUGCGCAGAAAGGAGCUCAUUUCAUACAGUUGUGUGAUAAGCGAAACAUACCUCUCAUCUUUUUACAAAAUUCCGGGAAUCCCGAUGUGCGUCAAGAUGAAAGCCUUUUGUCUACUGAUUCACUUGUCAGAGACAGAGCUAAAAUGAUUGCUGCUCAUUCUUGUGCCAAAGUUCCUAAGAUAACUAUUUGUGUUGGAGGUUGCUUAGCAGAUGAUAAUUUCACAAUGUGUGGCUGGUCUUUUAAACCAAACUUUUUGUUUUCUUGGCCAUUAGCACAUAUUUCAUGUAAAGAAGAAGUUUCUAAUGAUAUUAGAACGGAAACUCAAGUUUUGGAUAAUCUGAUCAAAACAAAAAGCACCGAAAGUGUUGAAGAACUGUUUGAAAAUAAAUCAAGUGCUUUUUAUCAUGCUUCAAGAAUGACAUGCGAUGGGAUAAUUGAUCCCAAGAACACGAGACAGGUUUUAAGUUUUUGCACUGAAGUGAGCAAAAUAGGAUGUCUGAACUCAUUACGUUGUGUCGACAAGCAUGCCUCGUCUGUUCUGCGUAUGUGAUACCAUUGUUCAAAGAUUCAGUAUGAAAAUGAUUUGUUAUACAAAACAAAUAUUUUUGUCUAGCAUUAUAGUAUUUAAUUUUAUACACAUGUUUUAUGCUGUAAAUAAAAACAUAUGAAAUUUUUUAAAACUUCUGUAACACUAUUUUUUCGCUUUUUUGUGAUACAUUUA